AAAUCAAGCAAAAAUGUCGAUCGAUUCUGCCGUUUCUAUUGCGUGGGAUGUCUUGAAGUGGGUAGUUGUUCCCAUCAAGCGUCAAUUCGGAUAUGUGAUCUCCUCCAAGAGCUACGCCAACGGUCUUCAGGAGGAAGUCCAGAAGCUGGCAAACGAGUCUCAGAGGGUCCACAUUCUUGCGGAAGUGGCCAGAAACAAUCUUCGGAUUUUCAACAGUGGCUUCACGGAGUGGCAGGCAAGUGCUGAGAUGGCCUUGGAAGAGGCGAAAGACCUGUCGGGCAAAUUUGAAGGGGCGAGCAAGAGUUGCUGCCGCGGGACUCUUCCCGACCCCGUUUGUCGCUAUCAGUUCAGCAGGAAGGCCAAGGAAAAGAUGGAGGCCCUCCGGCAACUAACUCGAAAAUGCAGUGAAUUCAAGGAACUGAAUGACAUCUCCUUCAGCCUUCCUGCUCCAGGGAAUGUCACUGCUCCGACUCCGGGCAGGAGAGAGGGCAAAGAAGUCAUGCAGUCGACCACUCCGACGGCCUCUGCUUCUUCUGCCUCUACUGCGAUUAAGGAUGAUGAUGUCUUCGAAUCCAGAGCUCAGAUCAUAAGGGACAUCAUGGACGCUCUUGCUGAUAACAGCAACCGAGUGGUCGGGGUUUACGGGAUGGGCGGGGUCGGCAAGUCCACCCUUUUGGUGGAUGCCGAAAGGAGACUAAGGGAAGAAAAGUUGUUCGACCUGGUUGCUAAGGCCGACGUGUCAGAAAAUCCAGACAUCAAUAAGAUUCAAGGAGAGAUUGCGCAUGCGUUGGGCCUUAGCGACAUAAAGAACGAAGAUAUUGUCAGCGUGCGAGCGGAGCUUCUGCGUACAAGGUUGGAAAAGGAGGAGAGGGAGAAAAAGAAGGUGCUCAUAAUACUGGACAACUUGUGGAAGGGUCUCGACUUGAGAUCGGUCGGGAUUCCUUGCGGACACGACAACAAAGUCAUAGGAUGCAAGUUGUUGUUGACGUCAAGAUUUGAAGAUGUUUUGCGGAGGGAAAUGGGCUGCGAUAGGGACUUCCUCCUCGAUGUGCUGAAGAAGGAAGAGGCAAAAAGAUUGUUUGAGAAGACGGUGGGCGACAAAGUUCAUCAUGAUCCGUUCGAAUCCUUGGUGGAUGAAGCCCUCCGCAAAUGUGCAGGUUUGCCUUUCCUAAUUAUUGCAAUGGGGAAUAUUUUUAGAGACGCUAAUUUUUAUGAAUGGAAGGAUGUUUUGAGACAAAUCGAGAUGUCUACAAACAAAGGAAUCAGUGAGAGGAUAAACGAGAUGUUGCAGUUGAGCUAUGAUCGUUUCAAAGGGGAGGAUGGCAAGGAUGCGAAGUCCCUGUUACGGCUAUGUGUUGUUUAUGGUGUCUCUAAGCCCUCUCUUGAAAACUUGGUGAGGUACGGCGUAGGUUCGAGGUUAUUUCGAGAAGAUAGCAGCAUGGAAGAAGUGAGAGACAGGUUGAGCUCACUAAUCCGAGCCCUGAUAUCCUCCUCCCUUUUGUUAAAGGACGAUGAGGAUGUUGAUGGUUUCAAGAUACACGACUUGGUUCGUGGAUUUGUCAUGUCUGUUGCUUCAAGAGAUGACCCUCUUCUCGUGCUGAGAGAAAAUGAUAAGUUGAUGACAGAGUUGCCAAAGGACAAGCUCAAAAGUUGUACAGCGGUAUGCUUUCCCUACGUUGAUAUGAAGGAGCUUCCCGAAGAGUUAGAUUGCCCCGAAAUGCGGAUCUUUUUGUUGUUCACAAACAAUGAAUCUCUUAAGGUCCCAUAUUCAUAUUUCAACACUAUGAGCAAACUCAUGGUCUUACAUCUUUCUCAGGUACGUCUCACUCGUUCACCUUCGCCGUUCCAAUCCUUGGAGAACUUACACACACUAUGUCUAGAUGGUUGUUCAUUAGAUGAUGUAGCCAUGAUCGGCGAGCUAAACGGGCUACAUGUUCUCGGCUUUGUGAACUCCAAAAUUCAACGAUUGCCAAAUGAAAUUGGACAAUUGAUAGAGCUAAGACUGUUAGACUUAAACCAUUGCUCACAACUUGAGAUAAUUGAACCGGGUGUGCUUGGGAGCUUGGUGAAAUUGGAGGAGUUGUAUAUGGAGAAUAGCUUUGAUCGUUGGAAUGUUGUGGAGCAAACUCCACCCACUAAUGCCGGGCUUAUUGAGUUGAACAAAUUGAAGAAUCUCUACACUUUGCAUGUGUCCAUUCUCGAUCCGAGUGUGCUCCCGCAUUAUCUAAACGUCGAGAAACUAACCAAGUACCAAAUCCAGAUAGGUGAGGUGCCACGCUGGCGAAGUCGCAAUGGAUCGAGCACAUUGGAGCUUAAGUUGGAUCCAAUGAGCGAUAUUCUUCAGAAAGAAUGCAUACAAACUUUAUUAGGCAAAACCGAUGAUCUCUUUUUAGAAGGAUUAAACGGAAUUGAGCAAAGUAUUUGUGUGUUAUCCCGUAAAGUGUUUCCGAAAUUAAAGCACCUACAAGUCGAGAAUAGUCCCUCCAUCAAUUACAUCCUCCAAUCACCAUCACAUACAGAGUUUAAGAUGUUGGAGUCGUUACUUCUCAAGAAUCUCAUCAACUUAGAGAAGAUAUGUUACAACCAUAUCUCCUCCAAUUCCUUCAAAGUAUUAAAGGUAGUGCGAGUUGAAAGUUGCGACAAGAUGGAAGUUUUGUUUCCUCUUUCAUUAUUGAGAGAACUUCCACGACUUGAAGAGAUCCAAGUUGUCAUUUGCCACUUGAUGCGGGAGAUUGUAGAAGUGGAUGAUUGUGACAAAGUUGAGUUGCGAAAUUUGCGGGUAUUGAAUUUACAUGACUUGCCAAAUAUCAAGAAUUUUGUCACCAAUGGGACGGCUCCUUCAAGUAGUACAUCAAAUGACCAAGGUCGCCCUCAAGUUGCAUUCUUCAACGGGCAACAGAUUGUGUUUCCUAGCCUGGAGACAUUACGCAUCGUUGGGAUGGAUAGUAUUGAGAUAAUAUGGGACAAUCAAGUUGCUGCGGAGUCUUUCCGCAAACUAAAGUCGCUCAUUGUUUAUGGAUGCAACAAGCUAGCGAACAUUGUUCCUUCUUACAUUCUUGGACGGCUCAAGAGCUUGGAAAGUUUGGAGGUAGGAUCAUAUGCGAGAGCCUCACCUCUCUGUUUCCAGCCUCAGUAGCUAGGGAUCUAAUGCAACUUGAGGAGUUGAAGAUCGAUGAAUGUGGUGGCAUUGUGGAACUCAUCGAGAA